AUGGAGGUCACGGCGGCAUCAGUCGUCGUGCCAAACUCCGCCAACGACUCCCCCAGUCAUGACGGACUGCCACAGCAGCAAUAUUUCGGGCCAGCCAGUCCUGCUUCUGUGCCUUUGCCGCGCUCGCCGGUCAAACACACUCCGCAACAUUCGGUCGAGCUGUUGGAUUACAUCACGGAGCAAGAGCACGACGGCGGGCCUGGGCGCGCAGAGGGUAUCCGCGAGAUGGAGACGCCCGCGAAGAGACUCCGAUCAAGUAGGACUUGGAUCCGUGGAGAAGAACAUUCAGACACCGUGGCACGGGACCCUCGGAGACCGCUGCAGCUGUUGGACUUGCCUGUGGAUGUGCUGAAGGAUGUCGUGAAGGAGGUCACGCACACCAACGAUCUCACCUCGCUGGCUCUAUGUCACAGCGCGCUGCAUCGCCUGGCCACACCGCACAUCUACUCCCGCUUCGACAUCGUCUGGCCGGACAGCAGCACCCACUCCGAGCCUCGAUCCGGGGUCGAUGCGCUGACGUAUGGCUUGGCGACCCUGGUCAUGGCGGAGGAAGUCUUCGGCGAGGCGCCACAUCAGCGACGAGGCCCCCGAUUCGACCGGAUACACACCCCGGGCAAAGGCCGAGCAUCCGAAAUGGCGAUCCGACGGCGAAGGGGUAAUCACUAUGCACAAUUCACUCGAAAGUUCUCGCUCGGCAACGGACCCGCAGACUGGGUUCAAGAAUAUCUCAUCACCAAAGAGGGCGGGAAAAUGCUGGGUACGCUGGUCGCUCUCGCAGUCGCGCGCAUGCGUGCGCUGGAGACCUUUGUCUGGGAUAUGCCCACGGGCAUCUUGCGCGACGUCUGGCUUGCACUGUCCUCGCUGGGCGACCGGGACGACGGGAAAGAGUGUCGAUUGGAGAAGCUGUGGGUGCGCUUCCACGACAAUACCUCUGUCGAUGCCCUGGGAUCGCUCGCGGCCGCUCACCCCCCUUCGCUGAACCUUGCGGGCAUGCCGCCUGCUCUGCCGACCGCAGACGGAGCACAUGCGAGCACAUCCUACUCGGAUUCCGGCUUCGCUGCAUUGGAUCGCGUCGAGAGCCCUUCGUUCUCGAUUCUGCCGCCAAUGAAGAGUCUCAGCGUGCUCGAAAUUGACGAGCUCGCAUAUCUGGACGAGCUUGCUGUGUUGGUCGGGCACUCGGCGUCCAGACUACGCGAGUUGAGGAUCGGUAUCGCUCGCCAUGUCCAGGACAAGAAAUGGGUCAAGGUAUGGGACGGCGACCUGCAGCAGAUCGACCGCGAUCGACCGACCACGAGCCUCUUGACUGUGGGUGAAAAACGACUCGGCGGUGUCCUCGGAGUCCUUACCAGUCUGAUUUAUGAUAUCCGCAAGCCCCAGACGGAGGUUCUAAGAAGGAGUGACACGCGCAGCACUCACCCUCCGGCAUCUGUGGCGUUUGCGUUCCCGGACCCCUUCUCCCCACGAGCUGCGACUUUGGAGAAGCUGGAAACGACUCCGGAAUUCCUGACGCACUCACUACCGAAAUCGCCUAUGAAAUUUACAGCUGCGGCAAUUCCUGCUUCAGUUUCCGCACCACUGUCUCCCUCUCCGAACGACCAAGCUGAGCUCUCGUCGAAAUUGUCAUCUGUCGUGAUCGAUGAACGACUCGUGGGAACUACGCCGCUCGAAUCUCACGCAGACAAACUCCUUCCCCAACAAGAUCCCUCCAAUCUCUGUCAAAUCCUACAACUCGAAACGCUCGAAUUAGAGCGGGUCCCACUCUCAGUCCUCGUCCUCCAAAAAGCAAUCGACUGGACACGCCUCACCACCCUUACGAUCCUCAACUGCCAAAACCACGAGCAACUUUGGAAGACCCUCCGUCGGGACUUUGCUCCGACGCCCAAAUCACCCAUCUAUCCUUCCCCGCGCCGCCGUCAAAGCUCUACUCCUCGCAAGACUGGCACUCGCAUCGCCCAGAUCCCCGACGAUGUCCCGUUGGAGUAUCACCUCCAGCUGAAGAAAAUCCACACCUCAUGCGUCUCGUCGUCACUUAUCAAUUUCCUCAAAGAGACCCUCGCUCCGAAUACCCUCGAGGAGCUUUAUCUCCAGAAUGCGGAAAACACGGUCUUAACAGUUCCGAUCGAAGCCAUCUAUCGCGGUCCCAUCCGUCGGCAUCGUAGUAGUCUCAGAAAGCUCCUGAUUGACAGUUCGGAUCUGAGUUAUACCGAUGCCGGUAUGCCGCCCAGUAACAAGUGGCGCAUAUGGAUGCUCACGAGAGAAAUCCUGACCUUUGUCUGCGGCGGGAAGAUGCCGGUGCUGCGCGAGUUGGGCAUGGCCAUCGACUACCGCGACUGGCACUUCCUCCUCCAAAGUCUCCCCAACAUGCCCCACCUCCGCUCCCUCUACAUCCCCUACUUGGCCGACCACGUCCACGGCAGCGGCGUCGACCCGCGUGAACUCGCGCUGCAAUUCGUGGACAUUGUCGCUCUACGCCCGGAGGUCGAACUCUGCUACAUGGGCAUCGCGAACAAAUGUUUUGAGAUCCUCGAGAACCGCCACUUUUCCCCUCGCGGCGGCCGCGACCUCGACGACGAUGACACCGAUGCCAACACCGACAGCGACGUCAUCUCGGACGAAGAGGAAGCCGAGGACGACGACGAUGACGACGAUGACGAUGACGAUGACGAUGAAGAUAGCGACGUCAUCACCAUCGACGAGGAUCUGGACGAUAGCAGCAGCGAAAUCUCCAGCGAUUCGUCUAGCACCUCCCGCUUGCGCCUCCGCGAGAUCCUUUUCUAUGAUGACAAGGUGGCCAUCUUCAAGGCGAGGCAUGGGAGGCUGUGA